UCGAGUUAUCGCAUAAUAUAUUGUGAUAACCGGCAGCCUUCAGUUUGCACUAUUGAGGACUCCGCUGAUCAUUUUUGAUCUCUGUAUUCUAGUUUAAGGUAUAUUAUAAAAAAUAUCAUGCAAGCCAGCUUUUGGAGUUUAGUGACCACUUCCAUCAAGCCAACAUGCGCAAAGCGCAUUAUACCUGGCUUGACAGCUGCCCAACAGAGAAGAUACGCAAGUGCGAUAGACGUUGAUGUAGUCGUUAUAGGUUCAGGUCCUGGAGGAUAUGUGGCAGCAAUUAAAUCCGCUCAAUUGGGUAUGAAAACUGCCUGUAUUGAGAAAAAUCCUACAUUGGGUGGUACUUGUUUAAAUAUCGGAUGUAUUCCAUCAAAAUCACUUUUAAAUAAUUCCUAUUAUUAUCAUAUGGCACAUAGUGGAGAUUUAGAAAAACGAGGUGUAAUGGUGCAAAAUGUUCAGCUUAACUUGGAAAAGUUAAUGGAACAAAAACGAAACGUAGUAGCAUCAUUGACCGGCGGUAUAGCUGGAUUAUUUAAAAAGAAUAAAGUUGAAUGGGUUAAGGGUCAUGGAAAAAUUACUGGAAAAAAUCAAGUAACUGUUCUUCAGCCGGAUGGAUCUGCGGGAAGUACCGUUAAUGCCAAACAUAUUAUAAUAGCUACCGGUAGCGAAGUAACGCCAUUCCCAGGUAUUGAGAUUGAUGAAAAACAAAUUAUUUCUUCUACCGGUGCUUUAUCAUUGAACCAAAUUCCAAAAAGAUUAAUAGUUAUCGGCGCUGGAGUUAUCGGUUUGGAAUUAGGCUCAGUUUGGCAAAGGUUAGGCACUGAAGUAACCGCAGUUGAAUUUACACCUACCAUUGGAGGUUUAGGAAUAGACGGCGAAGUUAGUCAAACUUUGCAAAAGAUUUUGGCAAAGCAGGGUAUAAAAUUUAAAUUAGGAACUAAAGUAACCGCUGCCAAAAAGCAAGGGAACGAAGUAAUAGUUUCCGUUGAAAAUGUAAAGGACCCUAGCAAAAAGGAAGAGUUAGGAUGUGAAGUUUUGUUAGUUUGCGUUGGUAGAAGGCCAUAUACAACGAAUUUAGGUUUAGAAGACUUGGGUAUUGAAAGGGACGAAAAGGGAAGGAUUCCUGUUAAUAAUAGAUUCCAAACAGUAAUACCUUCGAUCUACGCUAUAGGAGAUUGUAUUCAUGGUCCAAUGUUAGCGCAUAAAGCCGAAGACGAAGGAACAAUUACUGCCGAAGGCAUAGCUGGAGGACCCGUACAUAUAGAUUACAAUUGUGUACCUAGCGUUAUAUAUACUCAUCCCGAAGUAGGAUGGGUUGGAAAAACCGAAGAAGAUUUAAAAAAGGAAGGGAUCGAUUACAAGAUCGGCAAGUUUCCGUUCCUUGCGAAUUCCCGAGCGAAAACGAAUCUCGAGGCGGAAGGUUUCGUUAAAUGUUUGGCUGAUACCAAAACGGAUAGAAUUCUUGGAGUCCAUAUAAUAGGUCCUGUUGGGGGAGAACUUAUUAACGAAGCUGUCCUUGCAAUGGAAUAUGGAGCAAGUGCUGAAGACUUAGCUAGAUGUUGUCAUGCACAUCCCACAUGUUCGGAAGCACUUAGAGAAGCCCACACGGCUGCUGCAUUUGGUAAACCAAUUAAUUUCUAAAAGACAUUUAAAAACACGCGGAAGGAAUGAAUUUGAUCACGUCGUAGCUUCGAUCUAGUCUACGUACUAAUCUUAUGUACCACUGUACACAAUGAGUAUUACUUGUCAUCGCUUAUUUACGUAAGGGUUAUAAUUGUAAAUAAAAAUUUUAAGAAUUUAUUUUAAGAUAACUUUGAUAUUAGGUUUUUUCCGCCUUACUCAUUGUACACUGAUGGAUAAUCAUUUUUGAAAAUAUAUGAGAUCUAAACAGUGGAUUAUCGUAGAUAGUUACAUGUCCUUGUAUUUCGGUAAAAAGGAAAAACAA